GAAGCAAACUUCGCUUUAUCAAUUUGGUGCCUCUCUCGAGUAACUUGCCCCACUUGUGCGCCUCCCCACCACCUUCCCCAUUUUGUUCCCCAAAUGAAUCGCCUAAGAUUGACCCCCCUCGUGGUGCUAAUCACCACCUUGUGCGGCUACCAUACCUCUCUCGGCUUAAAGCCAAAUAGCCCUGUAAAAAUCCUAAGCGGGAAUUUAAACGAAAGGAUAACUCUACAUUGUGGGGGACCCCAGUCUGUGCACAUUUUGGACGCUAGCUAUGGAAAUCCGUCCGUCGAUCAUUUUCUAAUAAAAAAAAGCCCCUCAGACGCGCCGCACACCCUGCCGGUUGUUCAGAUGUUAUGUGAAGGGAAACCCAGCUGCGAUAUCCCCGUGAACGACGAAACGUUCAAAAUCCUAUCCCUGAUAAAGGACUUCCACAAACUUGUCGUAAAAUACACCUGCACAUCGGAGGCGCUGGAGGAAUUCCCCACGUAUAACGUGAAGGCCCGAAGAGGGGGCGACAACACCUGGGAUGUUCAGUUUGAAGCCGAAGCGGCGAAGGAGGAUCUGUACCUUCAUGUGGAGGACGUAAACGCCCUGUGCGAAAAACCACUGCUCAGGAAAAAAUACAUAGACGUGAACGAGGCGGAGAAGGAGUGUAACUCCCUAAGCAACUGCGUUUUUAUCAUUUUCAAUUCCGAUGGGUAUACACUGUGUGAGUCCUCCUCGUACACAAAUGCGACGGUUCAGAGGAACUCCAAGAUUUAUGUCAAAAUGUCUUACAUUAGCGGAAGGCUGCCCCACAACUACGAAGUGUUUCCAAAUGUUCAAGGGGUGUGCGAAAAGAAGGAUGUCGUGUUCGAGAUGAACUCAGCUUUGCGCUUGGAGGAGCUAUACGAAAAAUGCAGGGAAGUCGACUGCGACUACUUCACGAUGUCCACAGCUAACGGAGUAAAGGGCCUUCCUAAAAGCUUCCGGAACUACGCCUGGUUUUGCAAAGGGUUCCCCAAAUAUGUCUCCCACGAAGGGUUUAUCUUCGGGAAAAACAACAAAAGGGGAGAAUGACGAUCAAGGGGUUCGAGGGACCCUUAAGAUGAAGAAAGGUCGUUGGAAGGGGAAGCCCCAAAGGAAUCUCCAAUAUUUUCACAGCGCGGCCUACUUCCUAUACCCGUGACGUUUCCGUUUGCUUCUUCGCCCACUGCUCAGCGAUCACCACCAGUCGCUCGUAAAAAUAGAGCCAAGCGGGUCAAAGUACCGCUGACGAAGUGAUGAAGCUGACCAGGUUGACCGCUUCACCGCUUCACCGCUCUCACCUUCACCGUGCUAACUUCCACGAAGCAAACGCAACAACGGCGCGUCCACUUUUUGCAUCGGCGCGCCUGACCAGUUCGCUGCGAAAGAGGCUGCUUUUCUCUGCACCUCACCGGGGGAAGAAGUGACUUUUUUUUUUUUUUUUUUUCUUUCAUUUUCCUGUCACCACGUUGUUUGUCCGCGCCGCUCUUCCUCCGCUUCCCCACUCGUUGGUGAGUGAACAGAAAUGCGCAAAAAGUACGC